ACCACCUAGAGUCCUCUGCCGUUCAUCGAGUUUAGCCAGCUGUCAGUUUGUGCUGUCGCCUCAACAUUUAUGUUUUCUGUCAGUAGUCGCAUGUUAAGGAGAUUAUAAUAAAGGUUUCGUUUUUCAAAAUGCCCAAAGGAGGUAAGAAAGGUGGCCACAAGGGUCGCGUACGGACGUAUACCAGCCCCGAGGAGAUAGACGCUCAGAUGAAGGCGGAGAAGGAGAGGAAAAAGCAAGAGCAGGAAGAAGAGGAGGCGGAGGGUGCAGCUCAGAAUGAGAUGGCAGAAGACAAGUUACCAGCAUCAGGAUCCGAGGACAGCGAUGAUGAAAAUUCCCAGAGGAGGAGAGCGGGCGUGGAGGGCUUGAUAGAAAUCGAGAACCCCAACAGAGUGGCUCAGAAGUCCAAGAAGGUGACGCAAAUUGAGCUGGAUGAGCCCAAGCAGUUAUCAAGGAGAGAGAGAGAAGAGAUUGAGAAACAGAAAGCAAAGGAGCGCUACAUGAAGAUGCACUUGGCAGGGAAGACAGACCAGGCUAAAGCUGACCUCGCUCGCCUCGCAAUUAUCAGGAAACAGAGAGAGGAGGCAGCAAGAAAGAAAGAAGAAGAGAAAAAAGCAAAAGAAGCAGCAGCAGCACAAAGAGGAAUAAACUCCAUCUCACUAAAGUGAUGCAGAGUAUUUAUCAGAGGCAUUUUCACAUGUUCGUGGACUGGCGCAAUAUAUAUUUGACUAUUUUUAAAGGAAGAGCUAUGAAGAAUAUUUGACAUUACUGUGAGAAAUGACCAUUUGGGAAAUGGUUGAGGAAACACCAGUGGAGAGGGGUUGUGUAUGUUUUGGCAUGGAAUAAUGGUCUCAUUGUUCCUUCAUGGUAGUACAGCUACAAUUGAGAUUACAGCGGUCUUCACAUACACUUGGAAUGAACCCCUUAUAACCUAUGAGCUUGUACAUGAUAUUAAUUAUGGUUAUACUUAUCAUUGUACAAUUCCAACUUUGCUAACUGAGCUUUGCCACUAUGUUUUUUUUGGGAUAUUACAUUGUAUAUAACUGACUCAUGAAAAUAUUUCAGAUUAAUAUGAUGAAACCAGUAA